UGUUCCGCCUUCUCAGUUUAUUAGUGUGUUUUCUAAUUUUCAGCACCGGUGCUGUAAGAUUUGUCAGGAUUGAGUACAGCGUCUUUCUAUUGUCUGACUGGUUUUCAGCGUAAACGUGAGCAACGAUGGAACUAUACAACACAUAUUUAUAGAUUGAUCUUGAAAUUGCGUUGGAAGGGAUUUUUGUCAUAUUGGAAAAAUGGAACAAAGAAGACGCUCUCAUCAGCUGGAGCUGAAUGCAAAACUCGCUUUCAUUGCUGUUGCAAUGUUGUUUGGGAGAGCAGUUUGGGCACAAAUACGGUACUCGAUCUCGGAGGAGCAGAAGGACGGAGCUGCUGUGGGAAAUAUCGCGAAGGAUUUAGGUAUCGAUCACAGAACACUAAAGGAGAGGGGAUUUCGCAUCGUCUCGACCUCAGGCGAGUCAAUGUUCAGUUUAAAUCAGAAUGACGGCGUCUUGUAUGUGAACGGGAAAAUAGAUAGAGAGGAUGUGUGUGAGAGGAGCAUCCAGUGUUUAAUCAAUCUGAAAAUCGCUCUAGAAAACCCACUAGAAAUCCACUAUGUCAUUGUAGAGAUAUUGGAUGUAAACGAUCACAGUCCACUGUUUCCCGAGAAUGAAAAGCGGCUGGAAAUUGGGGAAUCUGCUCUGCCAGGCGCGCGAUAUCCGCUACAGGCAGCGCGUGAUCCAGACAGUGGAAGCAAUUCGGUUCAGACCUACAAACUCAGCCACAACGACAAUUUCCGUCUUGAAAUUAAAGAUCGAGAAGAAGAUGGUAAAAUUCCAAUUCUGAUUUUACACAAGCCGCUUGACAGAGAAGUGACGAAAAACAUAAAAUUAGUAUUAACUGCUUUAGAUGGCGGGAGACCUCCUAAGUCUGGCUCAAUAGAAAUAUUUGUUGAUGUACAGGAUAUAAACGAUAAUGUACCUGUUUUUACGAAAGAGGCCUACACGAUUACAUUGAAUGAAAACGCACCAGUGGGCACAACAAUUGUACAGGUUAAUGCCACUGAUUUGGACGAGGGUAAAAAUGGAGAGGUAGUUUAUGCAUUUGGAAAUAAUGUCAACUAUAAUUUACGCAGACUUUUUGAAGUUAAUUCAAUCACUGGGGAAAUAAUUUUAACCGAUCGUUUAGAUUUUGAGAUGAAGGAUAAAUACGAGAUUGACAUACAAGCAUCUGACAAAGGAAUUGUUCCUCAUGCAACGGUUAAAAGUGUAAUCAUAAAAAUCGUUGAUGUAAAUGAUAAUGCACCGGAAAUAGAGGUCACAUCAUUUUCAAACGCCAUUCCAGAGGAUUCUAGACCUGGUACUACAGUGGCUUUGAUAAGCGUCACCGAUUUAGACUCUGGGCUCAAUGGAAAAAUCUCCUGUUCAAUAUCUGAUGAUAUACCUUUUAAACUAAUGCCGUCAUCACACGAUAAUAUUUAUUCUUUAGUUACCUCUGGAUUACUUGACAGAGAAACGAAAUUCCAGUAUGACAUAACAUUAGUUGCAAAAGAUGCGGGACAGCAAACAUUGUCUACUAUUAAAACUAUAACAGCUCUAAUAUCAGAUGUAAAUGACAAUAUUCCGGAAUUCUCAUUUUCUCCUUAUGCGUUUUAUGUGAUGGAAAAUAAUGUCCCAGGCAAAUUUGAGGAUACAAAUUACGACGGGACUAUGUGUCACAGCAUCCAGUACAGAUCUGGAGACAAACGGUACAUGUUAGUUGGACCCAGAAUGAGUAUCGGCUCUACUUUAGUCCCGGGCAGUAAUGGAAAUACUCUAGUCAUACCAGACCGCAGGAGGAGAGAUUCUGGAACGAUCUAUUAG